AUGGCAUCCAGACCGGACGAUCUAGUUGGCCAGUACACCGCAACCGACAUUCAGGUUCUCGAGGGCAUGGAGGCCGUCCGCCGCCGGCCCGGUAUGUACAUUGGCAGCACCGACCAGCGUGGUCUGCAUCACCUCAUCAUCGAAAUUGUCGACAACGCAGUCGACGAGUUCAUGGCUGGGUUCUGCGAAAGUGUUGAGAUAACGCUUCACGAGGACGGAUCGGUCACGGUUGUGGACGACGGCAGGGGGAUUCCGGUUGAUAAGCACCCCACUACAGGUCUGUCUGGCGUCGAAACGGUAAUGACCACCCUCCACGCCGGAGGCAAGUUCGGCGGGAAGGCUUACCAGGUCUCGGGUGGCCUGCACGGCGUUGGAGCCUCUGUAGUAAACGCUCUGUCAGAGUUCGUCACUGUGGAGGUCUACCGCUCCAACAGGGUCUACUAUCAGACUUUCUCUCGAGGAAUUCGACAGGACGACCUGAAAUAUCGACGGGCACGUCCAGAUGAGCAGGAAAAGUCAGGGACGGUUGUUACGUUCAUUCCCGACAAGCAGAUAUUCCACGAGUACGAGUACGACUUCAACGUGCUUGCCCAGCGCUUCAAGGAAAUGGCCUACCUGAACAAGGGCCUCCGAAUCAGAUUCAGGAGCCACUACCACGCUGAUCGCUGGCCCAAUAACGAGGUCACCUACUAUUUCGACGGCGGAAUCUCCAGCUUCGUUUCCAACCUGAACCAGACCCGAGAGGUCCUGCAUGAGAAGCCUAUCUAUCUAGAGAAGCAACUUGAAGGCGGCACAAUAGUCGAAGCCGCGCUCCAUACAACGACAGCUUUAACGACUCUGACCCGCGUGCUCAAUGACUUCGGGCGCAAGCAGAACAUCAUCAAGGAGUCCGACCCCAACCUCGCUGGCGAGGAGACGCGUGAGGGACUUACGGCUGUCAUCAGCGUCAAACUGACCGACCCUCAGUUCGAGGGACAGACCAAGGGCAAGCUCGGAAACCCCGAGGUGCGAACGCAGGUCGAGAGUGUUGUUGCUGAGGCCGUUCAAUACUACCUCGAGGACAACCCCAGCGAUGCAAAGCGCAUCAUAGACAAGUGCCUAACUGCCCAGCGCGCCCGAGAGGCUGCCAGGAAGGCCCGCGAUCUCAUAAUUCGCAAGAACGCCAUGGACGGUGGAGGACUGCCUGGCAAACUCGCCGACUGCGCUGAGAAGAACCCAGAGUUUUGCGAAAUAUACCUGGUUGAGGGGGACUCGGCCGGUGGCACCGCCAAGGGCGGAAGAGACCGCAGGACUCAGGCUAUCCUACCCCUCUGGGGUAAGAUACUGAACGUCGAAAAGGCCCGCGCAGAUAAGAUGCUCAGCCACGACGGCAUUCGCUCUAUGAUCACGGCAAUAGGCGCUGGACUAGACGACGAUCUAGAUGUCACUAAACUGCGGUACCACCACAUUAUCAUCAUGACUGACGCGGAUGUAGACGGCUCCCACAUUAGGACGCUAAUUCUGACGUUCUUCUUCCGACACAUGCGUGAGUUGAUCGAGCUAGGUCACAUUUACAUCGCCCAGCCACCCCUGUACAAGAUCACGGCCGGACGAGACUCCCACUACGCGUACAGCGAGGGUGAGCGCGAGGGCGUGAUGAUACAGAUGAAGAACAGGCGCAAUGUCCACCUGCAGCGUUACAAGGGCCUCGGUGAAAUGAACGCGGAGCAGCUCUGGGAGACCACCAUGGAUCCCGAUCGCCGAACGCUCCUUCAGGUCACCAUCGAGGACGCGGCGGGAGCCGAUGAAGUCUUCUCCACGUUGAUGGGUGACGUGGUCGCUCCCAGGCGCAAUUUCAUACAGACGCACGCGCUGGAAGUUAAGAACCUCGACGUCUAG